CUUGCCCCUAACAGGCGCUCCCGAACGGCAUAUUCACGUCCAGCCAUACGACGCCUCGAUACAAGUCAAACACGCGCGGAUUCUGCGGAACGGUAGAGCUUCCGUACGGGCUGGCCAUGGUCUUACCUCGCCAUCCGCCCUCAGACGCACGUCGAUCAAAUACUUGCUCUGUUUUAUAUCUCGACCAGCGGGCAUUUCUGUUACCACCAACUGUCUGACCUGUCUGAAUUCUUCCAGUACUGCCCCACCAACCCCAAUUCACACUCAAAUUUACGGAGAUGGUAGCGACGGCCCCGAACCUGUGCCAGUUGAAUACCUCCCGUCGAAUCUUCGCCGAGAUCCAGCUCCGCAUAAACGGCUUCAACACCUACGGCUAGGUCUCAGGCCAUCCUGCGUAUAUAUAUAAUCCCCCGAAGCCUUCUAUGGCCACUAUGAUACAGGCAGAGAGCGUCCCCACUUCCCACCUCAAGGGCAAUAGUGUCGUCGACAUCCAGGAGGUUCCCAACGGAGUCAAGCCUGCAUUACUGAUUGUGCAUGACGAUGGGGAGGAGGACAUUGUGGCCAUCUUCGCAGAUGUCCUGGGGCAGGCCUGGGAAUCGGCGACGUCGGUGGAUGAGGUUAGGAGCGGGGUUCCUUCCACCAUCUAUGGCCUACGGAAUACAUUGAUUGGAUCCCAACUCGACAGCUGGGAGCGGUCGCGGUUGCUGAUCAACGCGCAUUGUGUCGACGGCGGGAGUCCUCAGGACGACGCUCUCACUGAACGCUGCGACUAUGAGUACCUGUAUACCAAAUCCCCAUUCUUCCGGAGGGACGUGGCGCGGUUCCUCUCCUUUAUACUGGGCCAGAUAGGUCCCCAUCGAGAUUUGGCGAAGAAAGCGCGGACCACGCUGAUAUCGACUACCUUCCCUGACGUCCAUGCCGCUUUGCCCAACCUCGAUAUUUUGUCUGUGGGCGCGGAUGCGAUAGAGAUAAGGGUGGACUUGCUGGAAGAGCCCCUGCCAGAUGGAACAAUCAGCCCGAUUCCUAGCCUGAAAUAUGUCGGAGAGCAGGUGAUGCUAUUACGUCAGCGCACCGAGCUGCCAAUCAUUUACACAACGAGAUGUACGCACGAGAACGGCCGAUUUCCCAUGGACGACCCAAAUAUUUUCUACAAGUAUCUGUCUCGGGCGAUACAGUGGGGCUGUGAGUACAUUGAUGUGGAACUGUGGCUUCCAGAAGACAUCAGACGGCGCUUGGCGGAGCAGAAAGGCAGUAGCAAGAUCAUAUCUGCAUUCCACGACUUCUCAGGAACAUUCAAAUGGACUGCCCCGGAGACGCAGACCCUUUUUGAAAGAGGAGCUGUUUAUGGCGAUGUUGUGAAGAUGAUUGCCUUGGUUAAUUCGAUGCAGGAGAACUAUGAGCUCGAGUACUUCCGGUCCACCAUCCAAACUCAGUAUCCACACCCUCCCUUCUCUGGCCUUAACAUGGGACCUAUGGGUCAAUUGUCACGGACUUUGAACAAGAUUUUUACCCCGAUAACGCAUCCGCUCCUUCCUAUGAUAGCAGCCCCCGGCCAGCUGAGCGCUGCCGAGAUAAACCAAGCCCUCCAUGGCAUGGGCCAGAUGCCUAGGCUAGACAUCUACGGCAUCGGUAGCUUCCGGUCAACCACUCAGGCCAUGUUUUUUGAAAAGUGUUUCAAUGAGCUCAGUCUACCACAUCAGUUCAUGUUCGUGGAGAGGGCGCCUAAGGCGUCGGUCGAGAACAUCCUGCGUCGGCCCAACUUUGGAGGAGCUUACAUAAAUCCACCUCUGGCAGCUUCUGCGGCGUAUCUGCCUGCGUUGUCGAAUGCAGCGCGGGCGAUUGGACAAGUCGACACUGUUCUCGUUCGUGCGGAGGCUGGCCAUCCGACGUUCAUUGGGGAUAACGCGACGUGGAAGGGUAUUCGGGCAACUUUGAGCCGCGACUUUGUCCCGUCAGCUUAUAGUGGACGAGCAGCCCUGUUAUUAGCAAGUGCAGAGGCCGACGCAGCAGCAGCGAUAUUUGCCUUAAAGAGCCUGGGCAUUGGACCCAUAUAUACCAUUGGCUUUAAGACACAUGGGUCACUUGCGGGCGACGUGGAACCGGUGCGGUCCGUCGAGGAUGUGAAGCGAUUGGAGCAGCCAUUUGUCAUUAUUUCGGCGCUUCCUGCAGAGAAGUCUCUUCUUGUGGUACCACUUCUCAAGCAUUACAGAGUGGAUGGGAGGAAUGGCAACGGCAACAGCAAUGGAAUCGCCGGCGGAAGAUCGGCUGGCAAAGUAUUUGUGGAUUUAGCGAACGGACCGCGCAAAGCAGAUCCGUUAGCAAUCGCGACAUCAGCAGGGUGGACAGCUUAUGGCAUAGCGGACGUCUCUGCAUGGACUACCGUUGAAACAAUACGUCUGCUCGUUGGGCAGAACGUGUGCUACGACUUUGUGCGCCUAGCGUCUGGAAGGGGCCUGUUUUAGAUACUCC